AUGGUGCUCGCAGGUCAGACAGCUGCUCCCGCCCCACCCCCACAUCUCUCCCUCCUCUUCCUCCCCACUCUUCUUGAGCCGCAUGACAUGAUGGGCAAGGCAAGAUCGGUCAACAUCGAUGUCACACGGGGAGGAGAGGGAAGCGUCGAGGGACUGAUCGUGAGAGGGGAAUGCGAGGACUUCCAGUGGACAGACUGGGAAGAGAUUCAGCGAGUUCGACGAGUCUCGAUCCCAGCAAGAGGAGGAGACACGAGCGUGGAAACAUCGAACCUCCUAGGAGCCAUAAAGAGCCUGUCUCCGAAUUGCUCUGUUGGCGUGAGGGUGCAAGGGAAAGUUCGAUUUCAACAGAUCACCGGGGGGGUGACUGGGUGGAAUCUCGCAGAGGUGGAGGGGAGUGCAGGAGAUGUCAGAGGAGCAAUCGGAGGAUUUCUUGAAGUGUUUGCAAGGGCAGAUUCUUCUACAGAAAGGCGCAAUGGGGUUGUUACAGGGAAGAUUAUGAAGGAGGCUGGGGGCAACCCUAUCAAAGAUCCAUCAACUGAUCUGAUCGGCGAAUGGAAAACUGAUGGGCACUUGCAUUUUGACGUGCUGGGAGAGGAUGAGGGGAAAAUUCAUUAUUCAGGCAAUGUCGAGAACCAGAGAUUCCUCGGCUCCUGUAGGAAGCCAGAUGGACAAGAGGAAGGCGCUUGCUUUCAAGUGCAGUCUGAGGCUUCGCCCAAGUGCAUUCCGUGGAAGUCAGCGUCAAGAGGGCUGUCCGUCAAGACAUUCCUUGAGCUCCAAUUCAAGACGAGGACGUGCGAACUGAAAUUGAUGUCAAGCAGGAUCAGGAGAAGAAGUCUGCUGCCCUUUAUGAAGCAACCGCACACCUUCGAAAUCCAUCAAGCGCCAAUAGCGAAGCAAGCAGUUCGCUCUAGUGCGGGAAGCUCUAACAAGCUUGCGACCCUCACCAUUGGUCUACAGCUUCGCCUUGGUAUAUCGUUAUUCUCACUCGGUGCAGGUGUUGCUGGACCUCAAGAGGAGAUGAGCGAAUUCUCCGGAUUCUUCAUCUAUCAUCGGUGCAUGAUGCAACAUCUUAUGUUGGUCGUCUUGACAGUGCUCGUCAGCGGGCUGUUGUCUAUGGCUGGUUUGCACUUCAGCAGCCAAACUCCAGAGAAGAGAUUUGUUUCAGUUGUUGAGAUUAGCAGAGAAGAUGAUUCGUAUGAUUCUGAAAUCAUUUGGAUGCUAAAUUGCGGCCAUUGGAUGAUGGUUUCUCGCCAAAUCCAAGAAAUUUUCGCUGUCUAUGCCAAAGAGAUAGAGAAAUGUGGAGGGUCAGAGAAGAUCGAUUCACAAAGUCAAAGCAAAUUAGCCGAGCACAAAGCGAUAAUCUAUGCUGACGUCAUCGUGCCCGUCAACCAACAUCAGAAUUCUGGAGGAAAGCACACGGCAGCUUCCAGAGCCAUGAAAGACGCUAGCAGUCAAGGCGUCAAGAAGCAAAUCGAAGAAAGCAAAGAGAACAAGGUUGAUAAUCGCGACAGAGUCUCGAAUUCAGCAGACAAAGAUCCGUCUACUGCAACCCGCGCUGAAGAAGAACCUCCACCUGCAAGCCAACCGAGAGUGACAGUCAGGGAGCAGAUGUCUCAGAGCUUGAAAGAGCAGAUGCGGAACACCGUCUCUAAGACGUUGAGCUGCGAAGCAGCAAAUUCUUUCAAACAGCAUCUUGAGAACCCACAGAUCGAACCUGCACUUCGAUCGCAAGUCGUCGACCUGUUGGCCUCAGUGCCGGGCAUACCCGACAGGCUUUCCUUUACAUCUUCUGAAAUCGACACGAUCCUUGAGUUUCGAGAUCGAGUGCUCCAGAAGUGGCGGGCAAUACGUGACCUGUCAGGCGACGAAGGACCGAUCUUUGAUGCUCUGUGUAUCCUUGCUCGGAGCUUUGACGACGUGUUCCAAGAAAGCUUCAGUUUGCACCUACAGAGGCAUUCUUCUGGAAUGAGCAUCGACGUGGACCCGAUUGAACUCUGUGGGAUGCGCGUGUGUUUUUACAGGUUCGAGACUUUCAGCCUGCUGUAUGGGAUGGUUGACGACACCGAAGACGAUCAGCUGCAUGUGCUCCUAGACAACGAGGAGGAGUUGUGGGUGUCGACAACAGACAAGAAUCUUCUUGUGAUGAGGUCAACGGUCCAGGAGCAUGACGAUGAUGUCGAGGAUUCGGGUGAGAACGUCAUGAUUGAAGCCGAAGAGCCGGAGGCACAGGGCAAACAUGACAUGGAGGAGGAGGAGAACCUCAACGAGGAUAAGGAGGAGGUAGACGAGAACUUGAACGAGAAGAAAGAGACGCAAGAGGUGGAGGUUUUGUUCGACGAUGGGGUCUGGUAUCUGGGGAAGCUGUCACAAUUCUUCGAGAAGAGCGGAAAUCAUAGGAUUAUCUUUGACGAUGGAGAUCAGCAAGACAUCUUGCUUCCGGAUCCUGAUGUCAGGAUCGCUGAGAUGUACUACAAGGGUAACUACUCGCUUGCCAACGAGGAGGACAGGGAAGUCAGUGAGAGCUACAACUUUGCCCUCGGAGACAUCGUGUGGUGGCAAUUCGUCAAGGGCGAAUGGUGGCCAGCGAAAGUUUCUUGUCUCGACCAUGUUCGCUCCAAAGAUCUCAAGACGACGCUCGAGGAAGAAGGGCAGCCCGACGAAGACAGCGUGCUGGUGAAAGAAACUUCCUUCUCGCUUCCCCUCACCCCGAUCUGCCAGGACCUGCUGGGUUUCGGACUGCACGCAGAAUUCAUGAAUCAGAUGGUGAGCGAUAUGGAGAGGUUUGAGAUCAGCGUCAAGGAGGCCUUGUUUGCCUGGCAGAAGUUCCCCCCCGGCGUUCGGCAUGAGCAGAACUCGCGAUAUCUGCCGCUUUCAGCUCAGUUCAUCUCCAUGAACGAGAGGUCGGAGGCAUCUGCUGAGACCAACAAGCGGCUCAAGAAGCGAAAGAGAACCAACGGGUCGAGGAGCGGGGAGGCGGAGCAGCACAAGGAGAAGAAGGAGAAAGAGGGCGCAAGGCUGGUUGAGUACGAUUACGACCAAGUGGACAUGGAUAUGAUGGGGGGCUGGAGAAUACAAAAAGCUGCGGAGGAAGAGAAUAGAAAGAAGGAACUGCAGGAGAAAGAGAACCGCCUGGUCAAGAUGCUUUCCUUGUUCCCCAUCGAUUACCUGCACACGAAGCUCAAGAGGCUGGGCGUGGGGCUGACGGCAAAUCAGAUCGAUUAUGUUCUCAAGACGCUACAAGAUAAGAUAGGAAUGGUUCAAGGGCACGUGAAGAAGGGCGUCAAGAAGGAGAACGAGGGCACACCGGAUAUCCAAGGGAGCUCGCAGGACGGCACUGUCGGUCAUGACGCCGACAGCCUCCAACAAGCUCAGGACGCUCAGAAUCGCUCGGCGGUCUACCUGGAAGACAUCCGGAUAGCACGUGAUAUGGCCGAGAAUCACCAUCGCCUCACGACAGCUCGAUGCAAGGCACUGGCCAAGGAGCUCAAGAGAAGGGAAGACUCGUACAAGGAGACGCUCAGAAGAUGGAAGAUUGAUCAACUCGUCCUGUGGGACAGCCAGUCCUGCCUCAAAGAAAACUUGAUCAGCUCAAUAUCAAGCAGCUCGAGUGUGAGCAUCUUUUCGCAGACAAUAGGAUCCUCCGAAGGCGAGUACAUCAAGGAAAACCUCAAUGACUUUGCCUCUUGCCAAGUAGAUACGCCUGAUGCAGUCUCUCCUUGCCAUGACCUUACCAGUGAUAUGUGGACUUGUCAAGAGACUGUUGAAAAGCUUUACGAACAAAUACACCCACCACUAAGACACAAGAAUUGGUUGUCAGAGUCCAUCUUCGAUCAGCUUUCAAGGGGGGAACGAACUCUUCAUGUGGCAGAAAACUUCGGGAUCAUCUUCGAGCAACAGAACAGCUCCAGCGGCAUGAAAAUAUUGAAGGUGGCUGCGCUGAGGUACAGAGAGCCCGCCUACCUGACGGGAGAGAUCAACAUCGGCGACGAGCUUGUGCGAAUCAACUCCCAAGAGUUCCCUAGGGAGACUGAUUCUGACAUCAAGAGCUCGAUCAACGCACUGAACGAGUCUGAGGAGACGGAGCUCGGUUUCAUCCGAAGGUUCCGCGCCGGAGUGCGCUAUGUCUCCCUGGAGGCGAGCAAGCAUGCCAGGUCCAGCUCCUCUUGCAGCUGCUCCUCUUCGAUCAACGAUCGGCACGGAGAUGGAUCAGUGAUGGCGUCACUGUCAUGUAGCGACAUGGAGGAGAAGGAAUCCGACAUGAGCGUGACGCAAGAGGGGCACGAGGACUCGGAGCUCUCCGUAGCUCCGAGUGUGCUCGCCUCGAGCUGUGAAGAUGACGCUCUCCACCUCGAUGAGCUCACGGGGAGCCCCAGCCCCCCCAUGAGGCCUGAGGUGGAGGAGAGCGAAGCUCUCGCCGUGCAACGGCAGGUAAGAGAGUGCCUCGUGUCGCUCGCGUUCGCGUUCAAGUGCGGUCAAUGCUCAGCUGGGCCUUGGGGUAAAGGGCAGCUAUUCGCAGUGCACUUGAAAGUUUGCUCCAAGUGCAGGAACUUGAUCUGUCCGGGAUGUUUUGCAUCGAACCCUUGCUGUGCUGGUUGUGUCAGCCAAGAGGUCCCUGCGAUCUCAGCCACCACCAAGGCCAUGAUAGCCGUGCGAAGCGGCUGA